AUGGAGAAAAGAAAGAUUCCCGUGUUCUGUUAUUGGAACGGUUGUAUAAAAGAUGGCCCUGAUGGUCCAUUCUACCAAGGAUCAAUCCCCAGAGUGAUCAGAGUUGAGAGCAAGACUGAUUUACCCACAUUCUUGAAUGAUCUGCGUCGAGUCACUGGGUUGAUAAGGCUAAGCCUCUCUAAAGCGUUGUCGUCAAGGGGCGCUAAUGUUGAUGCCAAUCUGAGAGAUAACAGUAACGGGUGGACUGUAGAUGAGGAGAGCACAGAAGACAGAAACUGUGGGGAUGCAGCGAAAGGUUCACAUAAGAAAAAGCAGUUGAUUUUGUCUAGUUCAUGGCUUGAUGAAAGCGAGUUACAAAUUGGGAUGACUUUCAGAGAUAAAGAAGAGUUGGAUAAGGCAGUGAAGCUCUACUCUGUUAGAAGGCAACGAGAGCACCAUGCAUACGAAUCUUCAGCUACUUUUGAGUGCAAGAAUGGCGGCUGCGGAUGGAUUCUCAAGGCAGCUGAAACAAAAGGAACUGGCUUCAAGAUAACUAAAUACAGAGGUCCACACACUUGUAAGCCAGCAGAUGUGUGCUCAGAUUUUCUAGCAGCGGAGCUCCAAGGUCUAAUAAAGGCUCAGCCUUCACUCUCAGUUACAGAGCUAAACAAGUGGGUGAGAGAAGAGUUUGGCUACACAGUCUCUGGUGAUAAUAUGUGGGAAGCUAAAAAGAAAGCCAUCACUUCAAUCUUGGGAGAUUUGGACAAGAGCUUUAGCCUACUUCCCAAGUUAAUGGAUGCUCUUUCCUCAUCUAAUAAGAUGGUAAUGGACUGGCAAUAUUCUAUUUCUCCUGAUCCCAAAGAAGCAUCGUUUCAUUCUGUAUUUUGGGCGUUUCAUCAGUCAAUCAAAGGGUUUCCUCUGAUCAUUGUUGAUACUAUAGAGUUGAGCAGUAAACACCCUGGAAAACUGUUGGUAGCUGCAGGAUUCGAUGCCGGAAACAGGCUUUUCCCACUUGCGUUUGCGAUUGUUACUCAAGAAAGAUUGUCAGCAGAGUCUUGGCGUUGGUUCUUUGAUUGCAUCAGAAAGAAAGUAACGCAGAGGGAAGGACUUUGUUUAAUAACAAGUCCUGAUCCUGACAUGGUUGCAGCUCUCAACGAACCUGAAUGUCAAUGGGCAAAACACCGGUUCUGUCUUAGGCAUCUCUGCUUAAAGUUUUACGAAGUUUUCCAUAGCAAUCUCAUGACAGAGCUUGUUUACAAGGCUGGAUCAUCAAGGUACGUAUCAGGUUUCGAUUGCUACUUGAAAAAAAUCGAAAAGAUGAAUCCAGAGGCUAAAGAAUGGUUAGAUCAGUUACCUAGGCAGCAAUGGGUUCUGGCUUAUGAUGAUGAUGGGAUAAGCGAAUUGGUGAAAAGAGAAGACACGUACGUUAAACGCGUCAUGACAAAGCUUGACGAGUACAUGGUAGCCUCUAGAGCACACGAUGUGUUACAACUAGACCAAACCGGACAACAGUUUCAGGUGACUGAAGGGGUGAAAGUUGGAAAGAAGCGGUUUUUUGUUCAUCUCAGGGAUGGGGUUUGCGCGUGUGGUGUAUGGCAGCUUUGCAAGUAUCCGUGUUCUCACAUCUUAGCUGUUUGCAGGAAGCUGAACAUUGACCAUUUGGAGUAUGUUAAUGACUACUACAGUAAAGAACAUUCUCUUGAAGUUUAUGCAGCUGACUUUAGUCCCCUUGCAGGAGUUUCUGAUUGGCCGGAAGCUACUAAUUUUCCAAGAUUGUUUCCUCCGGGAAGUCGCUCUGAUGUCCGGCCAAUGAGUCAGUGA